AUGUCAGCAUUGGAAAUCGACGCUCUUGAUACAUACUUAAAUGGCGAUAAUCAAGAAUCUCUAUUAGAUCCAACUGAACUUGAUCAAUUCUAUGCGUUUCUUACAGCAUAUCCGAACAUCGACGACGAUGAUACCAAUACAAGCGCCAUCGACGACGAUGAUAACGAUACAAUCAGCAUUGCCGAGGAUGAACCAAUCAUAAUUGAGAAUCAUAAUGGUUUAAUCAUUAUUGAGAACCAUCGUGGGUUAUUGAUCGUUGACAACAAUCGUCGAGCACUUAUUAUCAAUCAUGAUUCAGACGUGUUAACCAGCAACCAUCGUCAAUAA